AUGAACAGAACAGUUCCAAUAUCACAAAAUACAGAUAUCGUAAUACAGAGUAAUCAUAAUACAACAGUCGAUAGAAAUGAAAACCAAAACAAAGAAGAAUUAUACGAUGAUAAUAAUCAUGAUAUAAGAAAUGAUAUUUCCCCCUAUUCAAACAUUCCAAUAACAUCAGAAGAUGCGAAUGACAAUAUAACUGAAACACAUCCUAAUGAAAUAAUUAAUGCUAAUAGAGAAUCAGAUAACACAUCUAUUAUUGAAGAUAAUAUUGAUAACUUCAAUGAGGACAGUGAAAGUAGAUCAGACAAUGAACCAGAUAGUAGUUCAAUAGCAGUUGAUGAAAGAGAUAAUAUGUAUAAAAGACCCGGAGAAGAAGUUGAUGUACAGGAUAAUGAAACAGAUAGUACAUCAAAUAAUAAUAUUAUAGAAACUAGCUCAUCCAGAUUAUCAUUCUCAAAGAAAAAUUUACAAUCUUUAGCUGGUCACAGAAAUAAUAAUACGAGCAGAAAAUCGAAUCACAGAUUACCAACUUAUCUACAAGAAAGAAAGUUAGACCCUGUGAUGCCUCCUAUAAUGCAUCCUACUUCUAAAAAACCUCGUUUACAAAAAGUACGUCGCAUUUUACCACGGACCAACUGGCAGAAUAAAAUAAGAUCAAUAUACUAUAAAGAAGCCAUUACGAAUAAUAAAAAUUUAAAACUGAGACAUUUAUCAAAUCAUUCAAGUAAGAAGUUGAAAACUUGGUUAAGAUGUAGGUUUAUGAUCCUGAUAUUCGCUUACCCAAAUCAGCUAUACCAAAAUAUAAUCUCCACUGUUAAACGAGAUGGGACAUGUAAGGCAAGGUAUUGUGCUCGUGGUGAUUUGCAGAAUCAAGAUUACUAUGGUAACACUGAUUCCGCUAUUUUAAGUCUUGAUAGUCUUAAAAUUUUAUUAUCUGUUGCUAAUAAUAAGCAAUUACACAUUCGAACUGCAGACAUCAGUCAUGCUUUCUUAUACGCUACUCUAGAUGAGGAGUUAUAUAUUAACCAUCCAUUAGAUAAGAGGGUGUAUACGCCACUAAAGAAAGCUCUUUAUGGCUUGAAGCAAAGUCCGAAAAAUUGGAAUGGAACUCUAAGAGAAUUUAUGAAUUCUCAUGAAUUUUUAUGA